ACCAGCAAAGCCUGUAAGUCAUCACAUUCCAUCAGAAAUAUCCAGAUAAAACCCGAUGAAAAAGCACUUCAGCAAUACUCCCAAACAACUGCUGGGACUACAGAACUCACAAACACAGCAAGAGAUCAUAUUUGAAAUAUGGCUCAGAGUGAUUUCCUCUACCCAGAUAACCCAAAGAGGCGGCAGGAAGUAAACCGUCUUCACCAGCAGCUCCUUGACUGCUUAUCUGACAGCUUCCAUGCCACCAAUAAAUUGACUGGGGUUCUAAAUAUGCACUUGGGGUGCAGGCUGGCCUCCAUUGAGAUGAAAAGAGAUGGGACCAUCAAAGAAAACUGCGAUAUCAUCAUCCAAGCCAUUACGGAAAUCCAAAAGGAACUUCAAAAGGUUGAUGAAGCACUAAAAGACAAACUAGAGCCAACACUUUAUAGAAAACUUCAGGAUAUUAAGGAAAGGGAAACAGAGAAAAUUGCAAUAGUACAAAAGGUGAUCUCAGUCAUCCUAGGAGAAGCUACAUCUGCAGCCAGUGCAGUGGCUGUUAAACUUGUAGGCUCAAAUGUCACAACUGGCAUAAUUAACAAGUUGGUCAGUGUGUUAGCUCAAAUUGGUGCUUCUCUCCUUGGUAGUAUUGGAGUUGCUGUUCUCGGCCUUGGCAUAGAUAUGAUCUUCCGUGCCAUCCUGGGAGCAGUAGAGAAAACACAGCUUCAAGAAGCCAUCAAAAGCUAUGAGAAGCAUCUGGUGGAGUUCCAGUCAGCCUCAGAAAAAUAUCAUCAUGCCAUUACUGAGGUCUCCAAUACAGUGAAACACCAAAUGAAAUGAACAUUUUAUCUGCCCCUGGAAUAUUUUUCUGUUUCCCUCUCUUUGCUUCUUUGAUUAGGCUUAUUUUCCAUACACUUCUAAUGGGAC